AUGGUGGAUCGUAUUGGUCCACUCCUGCAGCAAGAAUUCAAGAAAGUUUCUUAUCCUACUAAUCCACCAGAGAUAUGGCUUAGAUCUAAUGAAGAUUAUUUGGCUUUCGAAUCAAGACACUCCACUGUGAAAGAUGUAUGGGAUGCAUUAAAAGAUGAGAAUAUCUACAUGAUCGGUGUUUAUGGGAUGGGUGGUCUUGGUAAGACCACUUUUGUGCAGGAAGUUGGGAGGCAGGCCGAGAAGGAUAAGCUAUUCAAGGAGAUUGUUUUUGUAGAGGUAACAGAAACUUUGGAUGUAAAAAAAGUUCAAACCGAAAUUGCAGAUAAGUUAGGCCUAAAAUUCAAUAACGAAAGUGAAAGAGCAAGUAAGUUAUACGAGAGAUUGAAGAGUGGUAAGAAGAUCCUUUUAAUUUUAGACAAUAUUUGGAAAGAUCUUGAUCUCAAGACUAUCGGCAUUCCUUCUAAAAUGGAUCGUGGGGGAUGUAAACUACUGCUAACAACAAGAAACUUAGAUGCGUUGGAGAAGAUGGGUUCCACGAAUAAUUUCAGGAUGGGCGUUUUAAAUGAAGAAGAAGCUUGGACCCUGUUCAAGAAAAUGGGAGGUAAUGUCAUUCAAACACCUGAAUUGAAUUCUUUACCAAAUGAUGUAUGCAAAGAAUGUGGUGGUUUGCCCAUUGUCAUUUGUACCAUAGCAAAAGCAUUAAGGAACAAGAAAGAAGAAUCUCAAUGGGAAGAUGCCUUGAGAGAACUAAGAAUGCCUUCCCCAGCAAAGUUCCCAAGAGUUUUGAAGAGGGAAUAUUAUAAGAUUAAGUUGAGUUACGAUUAUUUAGAAGGUGAUGAGCUCAAGAAAACUUUCUUAAUUUCUAGUCUAAUGGAAAAUAAUACUUCCAUUUCAGACUUGUUCAAGAACAUCGUUGGUUUGGGUAUACUUGAAGGAGCUAACCUUACAAUAGAAGAAGCACGGAAUAGACUAGAUUUAGUGGUCAAGGAACUCAAAGACUCUUGCUUGUUACUCGAUGGUUCUACGAAAGGAAGAUUUUCUAUGCAUGAUGUUGUUCGCGUUGUUGCUAUAACAUGUGGAUAUACAAAUCACCAUAUGUUCACAGAGAGAAAUGACGUUGAAAGCGAAUGGAAGGAUAAAGAUAAACUUAGAGAAUGCACAAUUAUCUCUGUAGUUGAUAAUAAUAUUAUUACUCAACUUUGGAAUGAAGGGUUAGAUUGUCCAAAACUUGAAUUUUUUGACAUGAGUAACCAGUAUUCUUCUGUCGGAAUCCCUGAGGAGUUUUUCACAGUGAUGCCAAAGCUUAAAGUUUUAAAUUUAUUUAGAAUACAACAAUCAUCGCUGCCCUCGUCACUCGAUCUUCUGACAAACCUUCAAACAUUGUGUGUAGACGAUAGUAGUAUUGAAGAUAUUGCUAUAAUCGGAAAGCUUAAGAAGCUAAAAGUCCUUAGCUUGCGAAAUACUAAUGUUGAGGAGUUGCCUACAGAAAUGGGUCGAUUGACUCAACUAAGGUUAUUGGACUUAAGCAAUUGUGAGCAAUUAGAGGUUAUUGCACCAAAUGUGAUAUCAAAACUAUCCCAACUAGAAGAAUUGUAUAUGAAGGGAUGUUGUAUUCAAUGGAAGGUUGAAGAACUUAAGGAGUUGAAGCACUUGUCUCAACUAACCAGUUUAGAAAUCGAUAUUAAAGAUAACAAGAUGUUGCCUAAAGACUUCUUUUUUAAAGAGCUUAGAAGGUACAAAAUAACAAUAGGAGAUUCGCCCCUAUAUCUAAGCAUGGACUAUGAAUUAUUGUCGAGAAUGUUGGAAUUUAAAUAUGAUUCUAGCAUCUCUUUAGAAGAAUUACGAAUUUUCAAGAAUGUUGAACUCUUACAGUUGGUUGAAUUUUCAGAUGAUGAUAACAAUCUCACGCCACUUUUUAACAAAAAGGUUAAUUUCUCCAAUUUGAUGGCUUUGGAGCUGAAAGUUACUAGUUCUAGAAAGAUUUGGGACAGCCAACCUCCAACAUUCUUGUCUUCCUUGACACACUUGAGGUUGCAUGGAUGUAGAAAUAUAAAAUAUGCGUUUCCAGUUUCCACAGCCAAAAGCCUCUCCACUCUCCAAGACCUUCAAAUAAGCAAUUGCAGGGCUUUGGAGGAGAUUGUUGCGGAUGAAGGAGCAAAAACUGUUGUUAAUUUUGCCUUUCCACAGGUUACCUCUUUGAAGCUUGAAUAUUUACCAAAACUUAUAGCUUUCUAUCAUAGAAGAGAUAUUUGGGAAUUGCCGAUGUUAAAAAGGUUGGUGGUGAGGGAAUGUGAAAAAUUCACUUCAAAAUAUCUAAGCUUCCAGGAAAAUUCACUUCAUAUUUCAGAGCCAAAUUCCUUCUGCUUAGAGCAUCAGAUCAACUUUCGUUUGGAGGAAUUUGAUUUAGAGCAUAAAGGGAAUAUUAAAUGGCAGAGUCGAUCUAAAACUCUUGAGAUCUUUCAUGAUUAUAAGUUAGCAAAUACUCUACUUGGACUCCUUCAGAAAUUUGAAAAUUUGGAAGUGCUUCAACUAAAAGCCUGUGGAUACAAAGAAAUAUUCUCAUGGGGAAAGGAUGAGAAACAUAUGCAAAUCACUCUAAGGCCAUCCUUAGCUACUUUCCAAUAUCUUAAAGUUCUGAGAGUUGAUUGCUGCAAUGAGUUGAAGAAGUUAAUAACACCUUCAACGGCUAGAAGUUUGGUGCAGUUGAGGGAAAUGAGCCUAAAGAGCUGUCAUAUGCUGAUUGAAAUAGUAGAAAAUGAGGGAGAAGGAGAUGCAACAACGAGUACUGAAAUUGUUUUUGAUAAUUUGAAGAAGUUGUCACUUAGAUGGUUAGGAAAUCUCGUAUGCUUCUGCUCUAGGAAUUACUCUUUCAAUUUCCCAUCUUUGGAAGAGUUAAUUAUAGGAGAAUGCCCUGAUAUGAAGACUUUUUCUCAAGGAAUUUUAAGCACACCAAAGUUGCACAAAGUCAAUUAUGAGAGCUACAAUGAGACUAAAGCGAAGUGGGAUAUAAUGGAAGUAGAGAAUGAGGAGAAUGAUCUUAAUAAAACCAUAAAAGGAGCAUACAAAAAUCAGGACAUUUCCCUGGAUUUGAAGUUAUGGACGUUCAAGGAUAUCAAUUCUAGAGAGAUUUGCUACAGCCAACAUCCAAAUUCCUUCUAUCAAAAUUUGACGCACUUGAUUUUGUCGGGUUGUGAAAACAUAAAGUAUGCCUUUCCAUCUUCCAUCGCCAAAAGCCUCCACCAACUCCAAUACCUAAAGAUAAAUAAUUGUAAGGUUUUGCAAGAGAUUGUGGCAAAAGGAGCAAAUGAAGAUGACAAUUUUGUCUUUCCGCAUGUAACCUCAUUGAAGCUUGAAUGUCUACCAGAAUUUACGGCUUUCUGUCAUACUUUUGAAUGGCCAAUGUUAAAAGAGUUGGUGGUGAACUCUUGUGGCAAAUUCAUUACUUCAAAAUAUUUGAGCUCCCAAGAAAAUAACGAGGGUGAACUUCAUCUUUCAGAGCAAAAAUCCCUCUUCUUGAACGAUAUGAUGAACUCAGAUUUGGAGAGAUUGGAAUUAUGUAAUGAGAUCGAAAUGAUUACAUGGCAGAGUCAAUCUAAAGUUCUUGAGAUCAAUUAUGAUCAGUCAGCAAGUAUUGCACUUGAAAUUCUUCAUAGAUUUGAAAAUCUGAAAGAGCUCAAACUAUAUAAGUGCAAAUACAAAGAAAUAUUCUCGUGUGGAAAGGAAGAGAAACAUACUGGGAGGCCCACCCAUCAGCAAAUCAACAGCCUAUCUGAUCUUCCAAACCUUGAAGUUCUAGAUAUACAAUGGUGUGAUGGAUUGAAGAGUCUAGUGCCAUCCUCAGUUUCUUUGCAGAAUCUAAAAGUUUUGAGAGUAACUCAUUGUAAGGGGUUGAUGAAGUUAAUGACACAUUCAAUGGUUAGAAGCUUGGUGCAGUUGAGAGACAUGAGCAUCAUUGGUUGUGAAAUGCUGAUAGAAAUAGUAGAAAAUAAGGGAGAAGUAGAUGCAACAACAACAAUAACUGAAAUUGUUUUUAACAAUUUGAAGAAGUUGUCACUUCAAAACUUAGAAAGUCUAACUUUCUUUUGCUCUGGGAAUUACUCUUUCAAUUUCCCAUCUUUGGAAGAGUUAUUUAUAUAUUUUUGCCCCAGUAUGAAUACUUUCUCUAGAGGAAUUUUAAGCACACCAAAAUUACACAAAAUUCGUUAUGAUUGGGCGGUGAAGGAUUUAAAGAAUGGGGGGAGUGAGCUUAAUACAACCAUACAACAAGCUCGCAAAGCAAAGGUUGACUCUAAUUUGACGGCAUUGAGAUUGAGUGAAGGGGAUAUCAUACGGAUUUGGCAAGGUGAACUUCCAAAGAAUUCUGGCAAAGUAAAGACUCUUCAAUUGAUAAAGGAUGAAUCAACAAACAUUCCAAUUCAAAUCCUUCAAAAAUUUAGCCGUCUUGAAGAACUCAAACUUCAAGGGAGUUCGUACGAAGAGAUAUUCUCAUGUAAUGAGGAUGAGGAACACGUUAGGACACUCACAAAAUUAAAAGUUCUAGAAUUGUUAAGACUUUUUAAUUUAAAGUGUUUUUGGAAACAAGACUCCCGAUUAAACUCAAUUCUUCAAAAUCUUUAUCGUCUAGAGGUGCAAUAUUGUCACAAUUUGACUACUUUGUUGCCAUCUUCAGCAUCUUUUGAAAAUUUACGUACUUUGGAGAUAAAGUACUGUAAUGGAUUGGGAAAUUUAGUGUCAUCCUCAACAGCAAGGAGUCUAGUGCAACUAGUAAGUUUGAGAGUAGGAGAAUGUGAAAUGAUGAUAGAAGCAUUAGCAAAUGAGGGAGAUACAGAGGAAGGUACCAUUGUUUUUGAGAAAUUGGAGUACUUGUAUAUGUAUAAAUUAGAAAGUCUCACAUGCUUCUGCUCUGGAAGUUACACCUUAAAAUUCCCAAACUUGGAAAGACUAGAUAUAUAUCAAUGCUCCAAGAUGAAGACUUUCUCUGAAGGAGACUUAAGCAUGCCAAGGUUAGAAAAGCUGAACUAUAAAGAUUGUUCGGAGAGUGACCUUGAUACAAUCAUACAAGAAUUACAAAAUGAUUGUUCAGAGUUUUGUGAAAAAUAUAAACCCUUUCAUUCUCCGAACCCUUUAAAAAUCGUCUGACGGUCCCGCCUGCUCAAAUCGCCGGCAGUCCAGAUGAGAUUGCCAAGUUGCUCCCGAAUCUGUUCGCAAGGAUCGGCGAAAUUGGUGCCAAAUGAUGUCCAUAGGCUUCAGGAAGAUCAGAAGUUGAAAAUCGGCAUCGCGUUUGACUGGGCUUUAGGCGACAGGUGGAUAUAAUGUGAUCUCAGGAAUUUUGCGUGAGGAUCUAUGUGAUCUAUUUUUCAAGAGUUUUGUAAAAAAUAUAAAGGAGAAGAAGAGUGAGUUGGAUAGCAAACUAUGAAUGUUCACACAGCAAAGUCAUAUGAUGAGAUUGCCAAGUUGUUCCGGAAUCUGUUCGCAAGGAUCGGCGAUAUUGGUGCCAAAUGAUGUCGAUAGGCUUCAGGAAGAUCAGAAGUUGAAAAUCCGCGUCGUGUUUGACUGGGCUUUAGGCGACAGGUGGAUACAAUGUGAUCUCAGGAAUUUUGGGUUACUUUCAAGAAGCAAACACUGGAAAAUAUCGCAGACCACAUUCUAGAUGGAAUCUGUAAACCAGCUGGACUCGGUCACAACUACAGGGCCAUAUCCAUUCCAGAAGGAUGAUGAUCCAAUUAAUGAAGAUGAUUCAGAAGUGCAGUUGAUGAAGACAAUGACUCAUGAAUGAUGAUUAAAGAAAUAUUUUAGUUGACUUGAACCUUGUUUCACAGGUCCUCUCGAAGCUUUUAGGUUCAAAGUCAAAUCAGGCAAAGAUAAGCAUCAUUAAUGACAUCGGUGGCAUUGCUAACGCUGGAAGGAUGACUUUUCUGCUUGGCUCUCAGGAAAUCUUGACAAAUCUUUUAAGGUUUCAGAAUUUGUCUAUACUUAGAUCAUCAUUUUAAAUACAUUUGGAAAGUUACUGUAUCGAAUAUCACAUAUAUAUAAUCUUGAAAAAUCUCUAAAGGUGACGGGUAGUUUUGAUUCAGUUGCUGAGAAGGGACUUUUCUAUAGACAAAUGUCCUGAGAAGUUAAUUGGACUGAAAGUGAGUUGAAACUCUGCACUUUACUAAGCUUUUCUUUAUGAGCUGAGUGUUCUGAAAAAUGCUCCACAUGGCAUGGGAUUGAGGAACCACGGAAGCUUUUCAUUAUUCUGAAGUAAGCUAUGAGAUAACUCUUUCAUUGGACUUUGUAUGCUGACUUGAUCAAUAAUGGAGUUCAUUUUUUUUCA